AUGCCACAGGCCCAGCCCGAACUCAAGAAGUAUCUCGAGAAAAGACUCUUCGUCCAAUUAAACGGUUCAAGGAAAAUCAUCGGAGUUUUGCGCGGAUAUGAUAUCUUCUUAAACCUGUGUAUGGAUGAUUGUAUUGAAGAGAAGGCUGGUGGUGAGAAGGAAAGAAUUGGCACAGUAGUUAUUCGUGGAAACUCGGUGGUCAUGCUCGAGGCCCUCGAACGCAUAUAG